GGGUACGUGUGUGUGAGAGUGUCUGUGACAGGGUACGUGUGUGUGAGAGUGUCUGUGACAGGGUACGUGUGUGUGAGAGUGUCUGCGACAGGGUACGCGUGUGUGUGUGUCUGCUGCAGGGUACGUGUGUGUGAGAGUGUCUGCGGCAGGAUACGUGUGUGUGAGAGUGUCUGCGUCAGGUUACGUGUGUGUGAGAGUGUCUGCGGCAGGAUGCGCUUGUGUGAGAGUGUCUGCGACAGGGUACGUGUGUGAGAGUGUCUGCGGCAGGGUACGUGUGUGUGAGAGUGUCUGCGGCAGGAUGCGCUUGUGUGAGAGUGUCUGCGGCAGGGUACGUGUGUGUGAGAGUGUCUGCGGCAGGAUACGCGUGUGUGAGAGUGUCUGCGGCAGGGUACGCGUGUGUGAGAGUGUUUGCGGCAGGAUGCGCUUGUGUGAGAGUGUCUGUGACAGGGUACGUGUGUGUGAGAGUGUCUGUGGCAGGAUACGCGUGUGUGAGAGUGUCUGCGGCAGGGUACGCGUGUGUGAGAGUGUCUGCGGCAGGAUGCGCUUGUGUGAGAGUGUCUGCGGCAGGGUACGCGUGUGUGAGAAUGUCUGCGGCAGGUUACAUGUGUGUGAGAGUGUCUGUGGCAGGAUACGCGUGUGUGAGAGUGUCUGCGGCAGGGUACGUGUGUGUGAGAGUGUCUGUGACAGGGUACGUGUGUGUGAGAGUGUCUGCGACAGGGUACGCGUGUGUCAGAGUGUCUGCGGCAGGGUACGUGUGUGUGAGAGUGUCUGUGACAGGGUACGUGUGUGUGAGAGUGUCUGUGACAGGGUACGUGUGUGUGAGAGUGUCUGUGACAGGGUACGCGUGUGUGUGUGUCUGCGGCAGGUUACGUGUGUGUGAGAGUGUCUGUGCCUGGAUACGCGUGUGUGAGAGUGUCUGCGUCAGGUUACGUGUGUGUGAGAGUGUCUGCGGCAGGAUGCGCUUGUGUGAGAGUGUCUGCGACAGGGUACGUGUGUGUGAGAGUGUCUGCGGCAGGGUACGUGUGUGUGAGAGUGUCUGCGGCAGGAUGCGCUUGUGUGAGAGUGUCUGCGGUAGGGUACGUGUGUGUGAGAGUGUCUGCGGUAGGGUACGCGUGUGUGAGAAUGUCUGCGGCAGGGUACGUAUGUGUGAGAGUGUCUGUGACAGGGUACGUGUGUGUGAGAGUGUCUGUGACAGGGUACGUGUGUGUGAGAGUGUCUGUGGCAGGAUACGCGUGUGUGAGAGUGUCUGCGGCAGGGUACGCGUGUGUGAGAGUGUCUGCGGCAGGAUGCGCUUGUGUGAGAGUGUCUGCGGCAGGGUACGCGUGUGUGAGAAUGUCUGCGGCAGGUUACAUGUGUGUGAGAGUGUCUGUGGCAGGAUACGCGUGUGUGAGAGUGUCUGCGGCAGGGUACGUGUGUGUGAGAGUGUCUGUGACAGGGUACGUGUGUGUGAGAGUGUCUGCGACAGGGUACGCGUGUGUCAGAGUGUCUGCGGCAGGGUACGUGUGUGUGAGAGUGUCUGUGACAGGGUACGUGUGUGUGAGAGUGUCUGUGACAGGGUACGUGUGUGUGAGAGUGUCUGUGACAGGGUACGCGUGUGUGUGUGUCUGCGGCAGGUUACGUGUGUGUGAGAGUGUCUGUGCCUGGAUACGCGUGUGUGAGAGUGUCUGCGACAGGGUACGUGUGUGUGAGAGUGUCUGCGGCAGGAUACGCGUGUGUCAGAGUGUCUGCGGCAGGGUACGCGUGUGUGAGAGUGUCUGCGGCAGGAUGCACUUGUGUGAGAGUGUCUGCGGCAGGGUACGCGUGUGUGAGAAUGUCUGCGGCAGGUUACAUGUGUGUGAGAGUGUCUGUGGCAGGAUACGCGUGUGUGAGAGUGUCUGCGGCAGGGUACGUGUGUGUGAGAGUGUCUGUGACAGGGUACGUGUGUGUGAGAGUGUCUGCGGCAGGGUACGCGUGUGUCAGAGUGUCUGCGGCAGGGUACGUGUGUGUGAGAGUGUCUGUGACAGGGUACGUGUGUGUGAGAGUGUCUGUGACAGGGUACGUGUGUGUGAGAGUGUCUGCGACAGGGUACGCAUGUGUGUGUGUCUGCGGCAGGGUACGUGUGUGUGAGAGUGUCUGCGGCAGGAUACGUGUGUGUGAGAGUGUCUGCGUCAGGUUACGUGUGUGUGAGAGUGUCUGCGGCAGGAUGCGCUUGUGUGAGAGUGUCUGCGACAGGGUACGUGUGUGUGAGAGUGUCUGCGGCAGGGUACGUGUGUGUGAGAGUGUCU